AUGGCAGCCACCACUGUUAGAAAGGCGCCUUAUAAGGACUUCUUGCAGCCAGCUCUGCAUAGGCGAUUUACCUCAACUGCCACUGUUUUGCUGAUUGUAUCGUAUCUUCAGGCUCUUCUCUUGGAUAACUGGACUUCUUACUUCUGGGCAUGGUUUCCCAUUGGCCCUGCUGGCUUCCGAACUGCCUUCAUCUUCACAUGUGGCCUUGCGAUCGUCGUGCUCCGAAUAGCAAACUACCACGUUGGCCUACGUACAACCGGCUCCGGUUUCCAAACCUUCCGAAGCACAAUCACGCAACUUAAAACGUACGAGACUUUGUUUUGGUAUGGCUUUUCAAGCUUGCUCUUCAGUCAUGUUUUUCUCUGGGCAAUGUCUUCUGGGGCAAACCUAUCCUGGAUCACCUACUUCCACGGAGAUCGCGCGAGACUCAACGAAAGGCCGCUUUUCCUGCUGGCCUACAUGGUGUCAUGUGCUAUUACGCAAACAUUCAACCAUUAUCGAAAAGACACCGAUCGCCUUGUGCUCGGAUUAUCAAAGGGCAAAAAUGAGAAGCAACCCGACGCGUUGAAGCUCGUUUACUACGCAAUUCCACACACCUUCAGCGAUUCUGUCGGAGGUGCUGCCACCGCGCUUCCUGUCGCUAUGGUGCUAUAUUACGCUAUCCUUCGAUCCUUCAUCUGGGGCUGGGCACUCAUGUUCUUGCGCAUCUUUUACAACCUACCCAAGACCAACAUGCUCCCACCUACUUGGCCCAGCGAUCUUUGGCUUCUAUUCCGCUGUAUGGAGGCGGGAACCUUGGUUCACCUGAUUUGGAACAUCGGUAACUUUGCUUUCUCUUCUUUCAUGGUCAAGGCGCCCCUGAAGAACGGCAAGCCUCUUACCUCUGAGUCCAAGGACCCCAAUGGCAGUCUUCUGAAUGGACUUAAGAGCAAGAAACUAUCCAUUAAGGCAUUCGCCAUGUGGGAGCUUGCAUAUAUCGCCCAGGGCUUCGACACACGUCGACAGGCUAUAUACGAAGACAUUGACCGCAAGGACGGACCCAUGUGGUCCCAAGUUUACUCCAUCUGCUUAGACGUAGUGAAGUCUAUCGAGACCAGAGUCGACGCCUACGGCAAAGCCCCUGAUGCGCCUCCCGCUGCACCCAGUGCGGAACCUAAACAGCGUGUGUCUGCUCCUCUCCGGGAUGACCCUAUCUUCAACACCCGAACAGCGUCUACAACGAUGCGAAGCGAGGUUGAGAAGCGACUAGGUCAGGUCGCACGAUCCCCUGGCGAGUCUCCUGCCUCCAAGCUUAGCCCAAUUGCCAAGAAGACAUGGAAGGAAGCCAAGGACCGGGUCUUGACCAAAGAACAGCAGGAACUUGUCGCUCCUGAGCACCUUAGGGGACAGUUUGAACAGUGGACGCUUCGAAUGAUGGAGAUUGACGUUAUUGCUUCUCUGUUCCAGCAAGACUUCCGAACCCGAUUCGCCGCCGCGGUGCUGGGAACACCGUAUGCCGAGCCUACACUCUGCAUUAACGCGAUUCACGUACUUCACCAUCUUUCAGUGCAUAGUUUGGCGGAGGACCAGUUCGGCAACGUGCACAGAGACGUGCCCAGCAUUAUUCGAACCUUUACAACCGUCAUCAAAAAGCUAGAGGCUUUCCGCAUCGAGUUCCCGUUGCACUGGACCGACGUGUCAUGCAAGAGAGUGAGCCCCGAGGUGGAAAAGGUUGUGGAUGCUUUGAAGACGGCUUUGCAGCAAGUAUUGGCCAAUUUCGAGCCCUAUAGCAGUGACCUCAGGUUGACGCUGACUGAUAUUCGGUUGGCCAAAGAGGCUUGCGCAGAUGCAAAGAAGUCUGAGAUGGCAGAAGUUGGAUCAUGA